CGUUGGCGUCAGUUGCCCCGAGCCCUCUGUGGGGGCUGGUCGCGUGAUGCCCGCGCGCUCCCGCGGUCCCGGUGUGACGGCGAAUUACGAUUCAAAGUGGUUUAAACAAUAUAGGAUUCAUGGAAUGCGUAAACGUUAGAUUUCAAGAAAAUGUAAGGAUAAGUUGACUUAGUGAAAAUGCUAGCUUGUGUAUGUCAGCCAACAGAAACGGCCUUAUCAUUCAGAGGAGGACCGCCCGUUACCAUGGGCCCGCUAGGCUCCAGCAGGCCUCGCCACAACGUCGCGGACUCGAUGAAAACUAUCCAAAUGCUUGCGAAACCCGCUCGCCGCUUAAGCGACGAAACCAAAGAAAGUUCUCCGUCGCUAACCUCCUCGCCCUCCUAUAUUAAUUCCUCCGGAAGCCUUUUGAAUCUGCGAAAGAUCGAACGGAAAGCUAAAUCAACUAAGAUUCUCGUCAAUCCGGUCUGCUCUGACAUCGGCACUAGCGACGAUAGCAAUCGAUCUAAAAAGGCUUCGAAAUGGAACGGUAAGAAAAAGCGGCUCAAGUCGGAAAAUGAAAAAUGUCACCAGAAAGAUGAAACUAAGAGUGAUAAAAAUGGUGCGAUUAGUCGAGAUGCUUCAGCUAAGGAAAGUAAGAAAUCAAUAUCGUGUUUCAAAAUGAAAUGUUCGGAGGAUAAAUCGCGCUCGGACGAUGACCGGCGCUCCGGAGAGAACUGUUCGAACGAGAACUCGAGUAAUUUGAUGAGUACUGAGAAGCCCGAUCUUAUUAACCACGCGAGGAUAAACAGUAAAGAGAUUUUGGUGGAUAGUGUGUUCGUCGAUGGAGCAAAAAAUGACCAAACGGUUACAGGGAAGACUGAUAGUGUUAUAGCGGUUAAGGACCAUGUGCUGGGGGAAGGGGUGGAGUUGACACUGGGCGAGCUGCGCGCCAUGGCGUUGCGACAGCAGCAACAGAUCGACACGCAGCACCAGCUGCUCUGCGCCAAGGAGCAGCGGCUGCGGUACCUGAAGCAGCAGGAGGCGCGGCAGCAUCAGGUGGCGGUCGAAGGCGAGCGACUACGGCGUCUACGUGAACGCGUAGAGGCGCAGGAGCUGAAGUUGAGGCGGUUACGAGCGCUACGCGGCCAGCUGGACAGGAACAAGCAGGCGAAUAUCGCUCUUACAAGUGACCUCGAGUCGAUACGAGCUCUGUUCAAUGAGAAAGAAAAGGAGCUAUCCGUGGCCGUGGCGAAGGUGGAGGAGCUGACGCGGCAGCUCGAGGAGCUGCGCCGGGGCCGGGCGCAGCCCGCGCCGCCGUCGGCGCACGAGCUGGACAAGCUGCGGCGGGAGCUCAUGUACCGAAACAAGCUGAACGAGCAACAGAACGGCAGGCUGUCGGCGCAGCGGGCGGCCCUGGGCGCGCGGCAGGAGGAGAUGCGAAGCAUCGACCGCCGCGUGUCCGAGCUACAAGCGAGACUGCUUCGGAAGCGAGCACUCAACCGGCAGCUAGCGGCAGCGCACCGACAGCCGCAGCAAAGAACGUCAAACCAGUCGUCGAUGCAGCAGUUGUCGGGGUACCCUGGUGCGCCGAAGGGUCAGCAGGCGAGGGGUAAUGUGGCUGCAGUGGAGCCCUACAACCAUGUGCCUCACGCACCUAGCCUCACGCAUAACUCCAAUUUUCAAGGAAUGAAGCAAAACGUAAUACAAAAUAACGUGCCAUUAAAACAGCUAACGCAAACCGAUAAUGUGCAGAGCCAUUUAACGCAACAGGAAGCACAUUAUCUACAGCAGAAGCAAAUGAUCAACCCGCUAUACAACGGCUACCCCCACCUACAAGGGCAGGAGUACCAGGGACAAUAUCCCAAGCACGAUGCCUAUAGUCACGUGCAACAGGGAAUCUCCAACGCGUACGAUCAAAAGUCCAUGUUCGACCAUCUAAACAAGUACAAUGAGUAUUCUAAACAACCUCAAUACAGCCCUAAUAGUACAAGUAGUUCUAAUAGUAAUCAAAACGGAAAAGAACUCAAAAUUAACGAACAAGAGUUCUUACCCGAAUUUGCAGCCAGUAAAUCAGAUCCAAAGUACCAGACAUUGCCAUAUAAUACAAAAUUCCCUCAGACUGGUAAAUUAAAACAACCGGAAGUUAACGGAAAGAAUGAUAGUCAAGAAAACAAGAAUCAAGCUAAUAUUAACGUGAACCAUAUGACUGUACAUUCUACGCCAUUGUCGGUUGUAAAUAAGAGUCUAGCCACCCCACUAAGUCAACACGAAACAACAUAUCAGCAGGAACAUGCAUAUCAGUUGCAGAAAUCAGAUUCUUCUAAUAGAUGUAACCAAGAGGGUAAAGAAAAUCAUACAUAUCAACACAAUUCUAGGCUAAGUCAGAGUAAUAAUAGUCAAAGUAAUGAUGGCUCGAAGAGCAGCGGAGGGAAAAGUUUACAGGGUAACGCUAUGAAGGGAAACUCACCAAGCUUCGCGUCCACUACGACCACCGCUAGCAGUUCUAUAGGAUUCGGAAAACCCGUAUCGAGUGUAGCCCCUACAUCGGUUCAGGUCUCAAGCGGGAAGCCAUCACCCAUAUAUCAGACAUCCUCCACAAAGAUUCAACCCGUCCAACCGCAAACCGUCCAGACCCAAAGCCUCGCACCCCCAUCUAAUCACAUAGUUAGUAACACGGUCACUUCCCAACCCCAGAUUGUGAGGAACUCCGCGUCAGGGCUUUCGAGCGGGACGGGUAGCUAUCCCGGCCAGAACUCCUCGCAAAGCAUCUUGUUGUCCCCUCCGCAAAGCGCUAGCACGCCGCUCUCCACGCCCGAUGUGAGUGGCGCCGACAAGUCCCCCAAACCAGCACUACCACCAAAACCAACCAUAAAGACCCCACCAAGACAGUCAGUGAACAACGAAGCAGUCUUCAAUCAAGCCGAUACAAACAUGCCCACGAUUCCGGACUCGUCCAACGACAGCGAAUCACAAAAUCAAAAAGAACUUAGUAAUGGCAGCAGCAGUAAUGAAAUGAUUAUAAAAGCACGUCCACUAACGAUUAGAAAACCCCCGCUGAGUGAACAGCCUAAGCUAAGGAACCAUACUAAUUCUAAAAACGCGGUUAGCGUCAGUAUCAACCGCCGAAUCGAAAUGCCUCCGGCGUUUUUAUUCCCAGAAAUGGAUCACUUAACUUUAGAUUCAGUGCCUAUGGAAAUGCAGAACGGCCUAAAAGAGAAAACGAAAAGCAAGGAUGAGGUAGAUAAGCUAAUGAAUAAUAACAUAUCUAUUAGUUCUAACGAGAAGAGUGAGGAUAAGGACAAUGUGUUGGAUAUAGUGGAGCAGAUAAGUUCUGUCGAUUUGAACGGUCAGGAUUCUCAGAGUUCUGAGAAUGUGCUGAGGCGGUCAAAGAAAGGGAACUUGAAGCAGGGCGGGAAGGCGCCCUUGGCGAGGCGAGUGAGCUUUGAUCCCCUCGCGCUACUGCUGGAUGCUAGUUUAGAAGGCGAGUUGGAGCUUGUCAAGAAAACUGCAACACAGGUGCAGAAUGCAAGCGCUGCAAAUGACGAAGGGAUCACAGCUCUGCACAACGCCAUCUGCGCGGGGCACUUUGAAAUUGUCAAGUUUCUCGUGGAGCUAGGUUGUGAUGUGAACGCGCAGGAUUCAGAUGGAUGGACGCCAUUGCACUGCGCGGCAUCUUGUAACAACCUGCCGAUGGUGCGCUUCCUCGUCGACAACGGUGCGUGCAUAUUUGCAACGACGCUGUCCGACCACGAGACGGCGGCCGAGAAGUGUGAGGAGGACGAGGAAGGCUUCGACGGCUGUUCGGAAUACCUAUACAGUGUUCAAGAGAAGCUCGGUAUAAUGAACAACGGGCUAGUAUAUGGCGUGUUUUCGUACACGGCGGCGCGGCCGGACGAGCUCUCGUUCGAGACGGGCGCGCGGCUGCAGGUGCUGCGCAAGGGCGACGACAGCGAGCGCGAGUGGUGGUGGUGCCGCGACGACACCGGCCGCGAGGGAUACGUGCCCAGGAACCUGCUGGGGUUAUACCCAAGAGUAACCCCGCAGCAGGAUUGAAGGAACAAUGAAGCUUAAACAAUAUUAUGACCUGAUAUCAUGUACAGUUCUCUAAUUUUUAAACUAUUUAUAUAAUUGUAAUCUAUAAAAAUACUGUAUCUAUACAAUUUUAUCAGAUCUAAUAUUUUGUACAUAUUUAACAUAGUUCAAAACGAAUGAGAUUAUGUUGUACAUUUUAUAAAUAUAUGAGUCAUCAUUUAAAUUGAUCGUGGAAAUUUGUAUAUUGUUCUUAGGAUGCUGCAAAUAUUGUGAGAUAUUAUACAUAAAUUGACAAUACAAAUAUGAAGAAAACAA